CCGGAAGCACAUGUAAACAAAGAAAGUUGUUUACAAAUAUAUGACGGGAAAAGUGCUCAAAAUGGCACAGGAAGCACUGAAUCACAGAGAUGAAAUGGAAGAAGAAGAAUUAGAAGAUAGGGAUGACAGUAUGGAUGAUGAUGAUGUGUCUGAAGAAGAUCAUGAGGAAGACAAGCAGGGAUCAUUGGCUAAGGCAGCCAUUACAGGAAGAAGUGUCACGUUACAGAUGCUAAUUUCAGAAAAAAUCAUAGAUCCAGGCCCUGCUCUUCUUUCUUUGAAGUACCUGGGACGUAGAUUCAUUGCUGACUUGCUUCCAGAUGGCAGAAUCCAGAUGCCUGGAACCAAGGAGACCUUCACCUCACCAAGUGCCUGGGCAAUUCACUGCAAGAAACAAGUUAAUCCUCACAAAAAAUCAGGAUGUGGUUGGGCUUCGGUUUUAUAUAAGGAGAGAAAGCUUGACAUUUGGAAGGCAGCUUGGUUUCGUAAGCAUAGAACAUCCAGUCCUGCCCGGAACAAUAUUGACUCCUCAAGUUCUCAGUCACCAAGGUCUCCUUGGAGUUCUCGUGAGGACACAAAUGACUCACGACCAGAACCUCAGACCAAUGGGAAGCUCGCAGUGUCACGAUUGGCUGAUGAGAGACAGACAGAGGACUGUCAAUCACUCCUGAUGCCCCGCCCUGCUCACACCAGUACACCUAAUCAAAAUGGAAAAACUGAGUCCAAAAGAAUGAAAGAAAAUUUGGGUAUUAGGAUUCAAGAAGAGGCAUUAAAUUUAUCCCUCAAGGCACCAAAGUCACCUUCUAGAAAGGAAUCGCAUACUUUCUCUGAGUCUGAAUCCUUCACUGAGAAAAACAACAACCACAGUGAGAGAAAAUGUAUUAGGCACGCAUCUCUAAAAUCCCGCAGCCAAAACAUUGACCCCCACACCCUUGUGGAAUGUGAGUCUUUUAAGGAAUUGGACAAAAUUCAACCAUUUACAGUAUCCAUUGCCAGUAAUGCGCUUCUACUCAUGGACUUUCACUGUCACCUGACUUCCAGUGAAGUGGUGGGGUACCUCGGAGGAAAAUGGAACCAGAACACACAACAUUUAACCAUUGUGAAUGCAUUUCCGUGUAAAUGCAGACUUGCAGACAACAAAAACGCAGCCAUUGUAGAAGAAGAGAUCCGCCAAUCUAUGAAUGAGCUGGGUCUGAUUUUGGUGGGGUGGUACCACAGUCAUCCUUUCUCGGAAGCUCAGCCCUCAGUGAAGGACAUUGACAGUCAGAUGUCCUAUCAGCUCUGUAUGAAAGGAUCAGGAUCUAAUUACUUCCCUUGUGUAGGAGUCAUCAUAGCUCCAUAUAACAGACAGAGAACAAAGAAGGAAUCUGAUUGCAGAAUGUACAUGGUCAUGCCACCUCUUGAUGAGCAGCCCUCAGAUUAUGGUAUACCGAUGAUUGUCAAAUUCUCCCUGCAGAAGAAUCUCUCUGUCACGGAGGAACUUCUUAGUGAAAUGAAAACAGUGACAGAUUUUUAUAGAGGUGCCCCUGAUUGGCUGAAGUUCAGACAAUGCUGGCAGCCAACCAUAACGUACUUAGACAAAUUGAAGGGUUCUCUUGCCACAAAACUGCCCGAAGAUCAGAUGGAGAAUGGAACUUUCCUGGAAUUUGUUCAGCAUUUGAUUCUGUCAAAAUGAAUCUUCUGAACUUUCAGAACUUAAAAAAAUUAGCUUUUUAAAACCUAUCAAAGUUUAAAGUUCAUGUGUUUUGUUAAACAGUUAGCAGGAGUACAGUGUACCUGAUCCAAGCAUCAAAAUUUGAAUCCAAUGAACAAACAUAUAGCAGCUAAGUAAAUUGUGCCUAAUGUGUUAGUAUGUAGGUUUACUGGUGCUGUUUGAUUAACUGUAUGGAAUAUUUUUCUCUGUGUGUUCCAGUUUUUGUCUGUUAAUGAUGAUUCAACAUGUCUUCCCAAUAUUAUGAGAACAUUGUGUACAGAUUAAUUUGAUGAAUCGUGUAUGCUUUAUAGAUGAGAGUGUUGUGUAAACAUAAUACUGGAUUUAUGCACUGUAAUAAGAAUAUUAGAGUACUUUGUUUAAAGGUUC